AUGUCCAAACCCGUAGUUCGAAGGACAUACGGUAAAGCUCCUCCACGAGUCUCGUCUUCCUUGUCACUAUUCGAUGAUCAUCCUAGCUCGUCACCACCACUGGUCUCCAACUUCAGAUCAUCAUCUCCUCCCAGCUCAUCCCGACUAGACACUCCGACACCGUCUUCACCGCCUACUCCCGCUAAAAGACCAUUGGGUAUCAGGGAAUCAUCACCGUUGUUCUUCUCUGCGGAUGAGGAGGACGAAGAGAAUGAGAAUCCAUCUUUGACCCCCAACCUAGCUGAGAAGGUAUCAAAACAUGUAGAAGUCAACGGUAGAAGGACGAUCAAGUCAUUGCCAUCUAAGAAAGUUAUUCAAUCAUCUUUAAAAGGAUUUUUCGUACCUCGACUUCAAACCAAAAAGACCAAAGCAUUACAACCUGCCACCAUCGUCCCUAUUGCGUCUUCGUCCUCCUCGAAACAGUCAGCGGGCAGUCCAAGCUCUAUACUAGGUAUCAAACCCCCUCGAUCCAACUUAUCAAAGCCUAAAUCCCUUACGCAACUACACCUCACCCAUCUACCUUUAUUGCAUACAUGCCAAGGAUGCGGAAUGUCAUUCAUGCGUGGAGGAGAGGACGAGUCGGUGCAUGUUGCUCAUCAUACGAGGGUAUUGAGGGGGAUCGUAUGGGAUGGAUUAGGUAAAGGAAAGGGUAAGAGCAGAGAUGACAAGGGAUGGAAGGUGGUUAGAGAUGAUAUUUCGUUUGGAGAGAAGGAAAGGGGGAAAGGGAAAGUUGUAAUGGUAGAUGGAAGUUAUGGUGGUAGUAAGCUCGACGAGAUUCUGUCGACUGUUGAUAGGGUGUUAUCAUCUCCACCACUUCCUCAAGCAAUCUUGGAACGAUGUAAAGUCUUCCUAUUUGUCACCUCUUCACCACCGCCAGCAAGUAGUACGAAAAGACAGAAAUUGGAUAGUUCAAUAUCGAUAAAGGUGGUACAGAGAGAGAGGGUCGUAGGUGUGGUAGUAGCUCAGGGGAUCAAAUGGGCUAUGAGGGUGUUGAAGGAUGGUGAGCAACUGCAAUGCGAAGGAGCGGAGAAGGAAAGGAAAGUGGUGGUGGAAAGUGGUGGAUUUGGAAGUGUCACUUGCGAUCCCGCCCCCCUUCCUACACCCCUGGGUAUACAUAGACUCUACAUUUCCCCUUCCUACCGAUCCAACAAUCUAUCGUAUCACCUCCUCAACGCAUCUUGCUCGAAUACAGUGUACGGAUGUACAUUUGACCCAACUGUGGGAGACGUCGCUUUCUCACAGCCUACGCAAAGUGGGCGAGCGGUCAUGGAGAGAUGGGGUCAGGGGGGUAUAAGGGUUUUUGCGGAUGAUGAGAGUCAGUUGUAG